AGGUCACGCCGGAGCUGACCGUACGGACUCGUCAUCGACAAAAGAGCGGGGCCGUGUACUGUCAGGUAGAUCCCGGAAGGAUCUCAGCGGUCUAGCAUCAUCGGACCUCUUAGAUGGGGACUGUCGAGCUUCUUAUCUACAGAGUACGCGAAAUUUCAAAUAGGCCGCCGAUCCGAAGCGCGGCGUGGGAAUGCGAAAGACGUGUUCAGUACGAGAACGAGGCCCUAAUGCUCCAGUAUUGGGGCUUACUCGGAGGACGAGAACUAGCCGUAUACGACACGCAAAGGCGGAUUUUCCGGGUCCUCCGUUACAACUAUCUCACACUGCAGUACUUGGUGCAGUGGGUAGGCCACGCUAUGGACGAUGCUGCAGAGAUGCUCAAAUGCACCAGCUGGCCGUCACUACAGACCCAGACAUACCCAACUACAGAGCAUAUAGCUACGAAGGGGUACUAGUACAGGCACCGCAGUCGCUCAGUCAUUCUUUUGGAAGGAAAGAACUUCGCCUUCGUAUAUCUACUAGUAUCACUAACACUAGCGCUAGCACUGCUCAUGUUAGCCCAGCCGCUAGUCUCAACUCAGAUGUCACGAUCCGAUCUCCGGGGUCAACCGUCUGAUCGGGCGCUGGGGGUUUAUGUUCUGAAUAAGGCAGGUAGCGGCCUCAAGCAAUACUGAC